AUGUGCGACCGGUCGAUACGCGAUCCAGACGUGCCGUGGUUGGAGGAGUCACCGCUGACUGCUACCAUCCCUCAAUCAGUGACCGUGCAGCAACAGGUUUGGUUUUAUCGGCCUGAUCUAUUCCAUACCUGCCACAAGGGCUUGAUGGCCGAGCUUGCUGGUAGUGCUUUGGUGAGCAUGUUGGACUUGAACCUCGAUACGGGCGGUGGUGCUGGGAACAUCCCGGACAGGAUGAAACCCGUGUGA